GGAAAAAAAUUCAGUUAAAGUAAGUAACACCUACUAAAGAAAUUUAGCAACUCAACUCAAAUUAUAACAAUGCGUUUCUUAAAACAAUUAUUAGUUUUCGUUCUAAUUGCUAUGGCAAUGGAAUCAGUUUGGGGUAGUGUAUGUCCAACAUAUUGUCCACAAAACUAUUCACCAGUUUGUGGAAGAAAUAAAGCUGGUCAAACCAAAAAAUUCUCAAAUAAAUGUGAAUUAAAUGUGGCUAAUUGCAAAGCAAAUACUAAUGAAUGGCGUCUUUGUUAAGAUAAUUUACUGCAUUUUAUGCCAAAUUUUUAAGUUU